AUGGCUCCCGCGAGCAGACGAAACAACAGCUCCCUCCCGGCGGGGUACGUCGAGGACAAGUCCAAGGGCGCCAUGCUCCGCUUCCAGGAAUCGCUUCCCCGCCUGCCCGUCCCGACGCUAGAGGAGACCGCCGCGCGGUAUCUCAAGUCGCUCAAGCCACUUCUCACACCCUCAGAACUCGAGAACAGCACCAAGGCGGUACAAGAAUUCAUCGCCCCGAACGGCCCCGGCCGCAAGCUGCAGGACAAGUUGACCGCCCGCCGCGACGACCCCAAGACAAAGAACUGGAUCUACGAGUGGUGGAAUGAUGCGGCAUACCUCAGCUACCGCGACCCCGUGGUGCCCUACGUUAGCUACUUCUACUCGCACCGUGACGACCGGAGGCGGCGAGACCCCGCCAAGCGCGCGGCGGCCAUCACGACGGCGGCGCUCGAGUUCAAGAAGCAGGUGGACGCUGGUAGCCUCGAGCCCGAGUACAUGAAGAAGCUGCCCAUCUGCAUGGACAGCUACAAGUGGAUGUUCAACGCCAGCCGCGUGCCCGCCAAGCCCGCCGACCACCCGGUCAAGUUCGACCACAACCAGCACAAGCACAUUCUGGUCAUCCGGAAGAACCAGUUCUUCAAGAUUUCGCACGAGGUCGCUGGCAAGCAGCUCAACACGUCGGAGCUCGAGCAGGCUUUCCGCCGGGUAUACGAACUGGCCGGUGAGCGCGCGCCUGCUGUCGGCGCUCUGACCUCGGAGAACCGCGAUGUGUGGACGGAUGCGCGGGCAGUGUUGCUCGCCGCCGACCCUUCGAACGCCAAGGCGAUCGAGGCGAUCGAGUCCGCCUCCUUCGUUGUUUGCCUAGACGACGCGAAGCCGGUAACCCUCGAGGAGCGGGCCCACGCUUAUUGGCACGGUGACGGACAAAACCGCUGGUACGACAAGCCGCUGCAGUUCAUUGUCAACGACAACGGCACCUCGGGUUUUAUGGGCGAGCACAGCAUGAUGGACGGUACCCCCACGCACCGGCUCAACGACUACGUCAACGACCUGAUCCUCAACAACAAGCUCGACUUCUCCGACCCGAGCAUUCGCUCUAACCUCCCUGACCCCCAACCUGUCAAGUUCGCCGUUACCAAAGAGGUGCAGGCCGAGAUCGACCGCGCCGUGCACGACUUCAACGCCGUCAUCGGGCAGCACCAGCUCGCUGUGCAGGCCUAUCAGGGCUACGGCAAGGGCCUCAUCAAGAAAUUCAAGUGCUCGCCGGACGCCUAUGUGCAGAUGAUCAUCCAGCUCGCCUACUUCAAGAUGUACGGCAAGAACCGCCCAACCUACGAGUCCGCGGCGACGCGCCGCUUCCAGCAGGGGCGCACCGAGACGUGCCGCUCCGUGUCGGAGGACAGCGUGGCGUGGUGCCGGUCCAUGGCGGACGAGAGCCUCGACAGCGAGGCGCGCGCCGCCCUCUUCCGCAAGGCCAUCGCCGCCCACAUCGAGUACAUCUCGGCGGCCUCGGACGGCAAGGGCGUCGACCGCCACCUGUUCGGCCUCAAGCGCCUGCUCGAGCCCGGCCAGCAGGUGCCCGCCCUGUACCAGGACCCGGCCUACGGCUACUCCUCCUCGUGGUACCUGUCCACCAGCCAGCUGAGCUCCGAGUACUUCAACGGCUACGGUUGGAGCCAGGUUAUUGACGAGGGCUUUGGCAUUGCGUACAUGAUCAACGAGAACAGCAUCAACUUCAACAUCGUCUCCAAGGGUCUCGGCAGCGACAAGAUGAGCUUCUACCUUAACGAGGCGGCGGGCGACAUGCGCGACAUGCUGAUGCCCUCGCUGGAGGCGCCCAAGGCCAAGAUUUGA